UUCCCUGUGCUCUGAUGAUAUAUAAGGCUUCUGAUACUAGAAGAGACUCAGGGACGAGGAGACAGUCUGUGACUAGGCACAGGAGGGGAGGACCCAGAGUCAAGGACAGUGAAGGGUGGACACAUGGAGGCCAGCACAGCGCCCAGGGCCAGGUGCCUGAUGGAUGAACACACCUUCACCCACAACUUCUCAAAUCAUAAAAGGACUCACAAGACCUACCUGUGCUAUGAGGUGGAGAUCCUACAUGGUGAUUCUGGGAUCCCUCCAGACGAGGACAAGGGCUUCCUGUGCAACAAGGGUACUGACCAACCUGGGCUGCCCUGCCACGUGGAGCUGUACCUCCUGGGGCGGAUCCGUUCUUGGAAGCUGGACCGGAAGCUGCACUGCAGGCUCACCUGUUUCAUCUCCUGGACCCCCUGUGGUACCUGUGCCCGGGAACUGGCUGAAUUCCUGAAGGAGAACAGCCACGUGAGCCUGUGUAUCUUCGCCUCCCGCAUCUAUAGCCUUAACGAUUAUGAGGCAGGGCUGCGCACACUGCAGGAGGCUGGGGCCCAAAUCGCCAUCAUGACCUUUAAGGAGUUCAGGCAUUGCUGGGAGACCUUCGUGGACCAUCAGGGAAGACCUUUUCAGCCCUGGGAUGAACUGGAUAUAAACAGUCAAGGCCUAAGUAAGGAGCUACAGGCCAUUCUCCAGACUCAGCAAAACUGAAGGAUGGACUUAGUCUCUCUAAAGAAGGCAGGAGACCUCUGUUGAACAGCAGAACAAAACACUAUCUUCCAAGAAAUAUAAACAUGUCAUUUGCCACCAUCUCCAGAUUGAUCCAAAGAACCCAGCGAAAGGCAAAUGGCUCAAAAGAAAUGGUAUAAAAAAAAAAUCUGAAUGGAUUUACUUUUCAUUCAAACCUGUUAUGUUCCAAAUAUCCAUCAGUAAGAUUCCAUUCAAUACUAUCAGAAUAUUUUUUGAUUUUUAGAGAAAUAAAUAUUUUAAUUGAUUUUAAAUCUAAAGCAAUAAAAUGAAAUAUUAAGAACCUUGCA